GUAACAGCCGACAAGAGGUCAUAUUUGAUUGACGGGUCUAUCGCAGUGUGUUGAGUUUGUUGUCGGACAUUUUCUAGGAUUUAUUAAUCUAAUUUCUGCUAUAAUCCACUUAAAGUGGUUGAUGGGAUUAAACGUCCAGAAAGAGCUGGGUGGCUAGGAUACCAUGCCCGUGGACCACCAUGUGUACAACCCGUCAACCUCAGCUGGUAUAGACAGCUCGUAUAAUGCAGAUGAGUCAGCUGCUAGCAUCCUUAAAUCAGUUAAAGCACAGGAAGCCCACUUUGAACAUCUGACCAGAGAGUUGGAAGCAGAGAGGGAGCUGGUAGCCAGCAAGAUAGAGAAGAGUAGGAUAGGUAGCAAUUCUCCCAGCAUGGCUAGCAUCUCUAGCGCAGACGAGUCCUUCCAUUGGCGUGGUCCCCCAUCCCAACAACAAUCGUACUUGGAAGCGGACAGUAUGGGGGAGCAUGACACUUCUAAAAUGAGCUCACACCUUUUGGAUUCAUGUUUGCAAGAGCUGGAGAACAGGGGAACUAUGAAUGUUGGGUACGUGCGUGAGGACAGCAACAUGGACUACAUUCAGGAAGACCCCUACAGCAGCAGCCACCGCAUGCCGCACCACAGCGACCCCUACCAGCCGACCUACAAUGCAGGCAGCUACAAUCCCAGUGCACCGUACGAGCGAGAGCACUCACCACAUGGCUCACACGUUUCCUUACAGAGCGCGGGAAGCAACCGACCAGGAUCUAGGGCCAAAGGUUAUCCACAGGACCAGCAGAAUGGAAACUACGCCACAUAUCAGUCUAUUUCCCUGCCAGUAGACGACCUGAGAGCGUCGCCACUCCCCGGGACAGCCUCGCCCCUGGGCCCGGAUCCAUCCAGGUUUACACCCAAUCAUCUGCCUGUGAACUAUCGUAAUUUGUCGCCGCACGGCAGUGUCUCACGCUAUAGUGAGGACUCGCAGCCGGGCGGCUACCACCCACAGACCUCGCUAGAUCAGUAUGACAGCUUUGGACCCAGGGAUCCUGCUUAUGCAGACAACAGAAAUAAUUAUCAAGUCCCACCCGACCAUGGUGCCUCACCCUACAGAGGACAGGAUCCCCGGUACCCGGACUAUGAAGACCAGUAUCCUGAACCGCAGUACCGGGACCAAGCUGAUGAGCUGCAGAACCCAACAUCUCCCGUCAGAGACCUUUACAACGGCGCACCACGCUCUGACGAGUUCGAUCGCUAUGGCGACCAGCCUCCGAUCCCCGACAGCCAGUACCCAGAACCUCUCGACCACAGCAGGGACCAGUCAUACCAUAACGACGAUUACGGCAGCAGACCGCCUCAAUAUUAUGACGACGACCACCAGAACAGGUACCCCAACAAUGAGCCCAGUUACCACGACGAUCCGCAGAACCCACGGUACGGCGAUUAUCCCAAUGAUUCCUUUCAAGGUCCUGCAGCUGCCCCCGGGGAAAGAUACAGCUAUCAGGAUCCUUUGAAGGACCAGUACCCUAGUCAUCAAGAUGACCAGUACGGUGGAGAGCCUGUCCGUGAAGAUAAUCCGCCAUACAAUGGCAACUAUCCGAAUGACUCUAUUAAUAACGAGCCACGUUAUCGCGACAGUGUCGACCACCCGGACGAUCCGUACAGAGAUAAGGAACCUGACCUGUACGGGGGUCAGUCUCCCGGACCCAGCCUUAAAGAGGAUCGUCGAUCACCAGCGAUGUACCAAGAUCCGUACGCCAACCAUCCCGGGGACGAUCCCAGUCUGAUUCACAAAAUAGAGGGUCUGCCACCGCUAAGACAGGACCCGUUCGCAGAUGAUCCAUUCCAGCAGCAGAAGGAAGGUUUGAGGCCAAAUGAAGAGGAUCCUUACCAUCGCGGUCCUUCACCAUCACAAGGUCCAGGGCCGUAUGAAGAUCAGGGUCCCUCGUAUGGAGAUCAGGGUCCCCCGUAUGGAGAUCAGGGUCCCCCGUAUGGAGAUCGAUCCUAUGACGACAGGGAUGGUCCAUCUGCUCCAUACGACUCGAGUGCCCCACCCCACUACGAUUACCAAGACAACCAGGUACCCCUGUACCCCGAGGAUGAGGUUGGCAAGCACGAGGGUCAGAUGUUGGGGGCUCCAGUUGACCGGUUCUCUGAUGGACACCGCACCCCGUCAGAUGGGGGCCAGCAUGGAACUUUACGGUGGCGGGAUCCCGACCUACAGGAAGUGAUAGAUUACCUCAGUCACUACGAUGUCGACGUCAGGUCCCACGCAGCAGCUUAUCUACAACAUCUCUGUUUCAUGGAUGAUGGCAUUAAAGCCAAAACAAGAGGCCUUGAUGGAAUCCGUCCUUUGAUCAACUUGCUCAGCCAUGAAUACCCGGAAGUACACAGAAAUGCAUGUGGUGCUUUACAAAAUCUGUCCUAUGGCAAAACCAAUGAUGAAAAUAAGAAAGCGAUAAAGAACGCUGGAGGUAUUCCAGAACUGGUGCGUCUGCUACGCAAGACCCAGGAUGGGGAAGUGAAAGAAAGCAUCACCGGAAUCCUCUGGAAUCUUUCUUCAUGCGAGGAUUUGAAGAAGCCUAUAAUAGACAGUGCUUUAGCUGUUCUUGUGAAUUCUGUGAUAAUUCCCCACUCUGGCUGGGACAGGCUGGGAUCCUCUCCAGAGCAGCAGCGCUGGACAUUAGUCUUCAGAAAUGCAACAGGAGUAAUUAGAAAUGUGAGCUCCGCAGGUUACGAAGCCCGAAAAAAGUUACGUGAGUGUCGCGGACUGGUGAACUCUUUGUUACACACGUUAAAGUCGUCUCAAGAUAAUGACAUGGACAGUAAGCCUGUUGAAAACAUUGUGUGCGUGUUCCGCAACCUGUCGUACCGGAUACAGGAAGUUGAAGAUCCCGAGUUCUACAAAAAAAGAACGUUAACAAACCAACCCGUUCAGAAAAAUGAUAAAACUACGGGUUGCUUUGGCGGUGGAAAGAGCAAGAAAGGUUCUAAUAAGGGAGCCGACAGUAAAACAGCAAGUCAGAAGGGACCACCUCAGCUGCCUCCAGGUGCUAAUGAGUACAAGGCAUUGUGGGGGAUGGAGAUUUUACAGGUGUACUCGGCAUUGCUCAAACAUAGUUCUAAUGAGGUGACGCUCGAAGCUUCGGCGGGUGCAAUUCAGAAUCUUACAGCUUGUGAUUGGCAGCCUGCUGUUGAAAUCCGAGCGUCUGUGCGCAAGGAAAAGGGUCUUCCCCAUCUUGUUGAUCUUCUGACCUUCCCAUCUGAUCGUGUUGUGUGCGCUGCAGCUACGGCACUGCGUAACCUCGCCAUCGACGAGCGCAACAAGGAGCUGGUGGGCAAGUACGCCAUGCAGCAACUGGUGCGCAAGUUACCCCAGCAACGCAACGCCCACCCCACCACGCCAGACGACACGCUGUGUGCUGUCAUAGCAACCCUGUAUGAAAUUUUGAAGAACCAGGAGUCUUUCGCUCAGUCAUUUUUCAAGGAGAAUGGCCUUCCUCGGCUAAUGAACAUCACUAAGUCAGAAGGCCAGUAUUUGGCAAGAACCAUCAAAUAUGCUGGAUCUGUGUUAAAAAUCCUUUGGUCUUUCAAAUUUUUGCACCAGGAAUAUAAUCAGAAGGGUUAUACUGAAAGAGACUUCCUUCAGCAUUCAACCUCACCAAGACCUGAAGGUUCGAAACCAUACAGUGAUACCAGAAGUGCUCCUUCCAGUAAUCACACGACACCUUACAACACGCUGAGUCGACCCAUGUCGGCCCAAGGCUACGACGACAACACGUUAACACCUGGACGGCCCAUGCAGAAACGCGUGCAGGACCCUUACGGAAGUAGGACUGAGAUGGAUGGCUAUCUUGCCAUGAACCAAAGCAACUCGAGGCUAAAUGCAGAUUCGGGCGAUGGUUACUAUGAUACAAAACAGGUUGAAGACAUCCCACUCACCGAGAUCGGACCUGGUUACACGCCCAUAGAUGAACCUCGUCAACACCGAACCAAGCCCCCAGUCGGAGGGGUGCCACUCUUCCCUAGUGUACCUCCUAGUGAGCCGACGCCACCUGAUCUGUACUCGGACGACCCGAGCAGCCCACCAGAACCUCUGUAUGCACAGGUGAAGAAAGGAAACCGGCGGCGUAACGAUGACUAUGUUCACACAAACAAGCUCAUGCUCGACAGUAGUGGACCGGAGGGUGGGGCGGAUUCUUGGGUCUGAUGCACAACAUAAACAGAAAGACGUUAAAACUGGUGUGGAAAUUUGUAACCUGGACCUGCAGUGGUGGAGCACAAAUCAUCUAAUUCGUUAGCUCUAAUUAGCUCACAGAACAUUAAGCCCAGCAAGUUAUUUUAACUAAAAAGGUUGUGAAACUGCUUCAUUCAUGAAGAUGUGAAACACAAUUGGGCCAUUUGGGGGGAAUAUGGUUGUUGGAAUAAACAUUAUGGUUGUUGGAAGAAAACAAUAUGGUUGUUGAAAGAAAACAAUAUGGUUGUUGGAAGAAAACUAUGGUUGUUGGAAUAAACAUGGUUGUUGGAAGAAAACAAUAUAGUUGUUGGAAUAAACAUGGUUGUUGGAAGAAAACAAUAUGGUUGUUGGAAUAAACAUUAUGGUUGUUGGAAGAAAACACUAUGGUUGUUGGAAGAAUACGGUUGUUUGGGGAGAACAGUAUGUGCUUGUUGGUACACAUUAAAAUUAUGAUUGGUGAAAAACAUUCUAGCGAUAAGGAUGUUGAGACGAGAUGCUUAAAUUUGUUUUACUGCACUUGUGUCUUAAAGACAAAAAUACAGUGACUUGUGUGAUGUGAUUCAGUAGAAUGGAUGGAUAGGACAUUGUGAUUGUAAGUAAAUAAUGGAGACAUCAUGAUCACCAAUAAAUAAUGAAGAUAUUGAUAUUAGAAGCAAGAUGGCCCUUGCACUUCAGAAACUCACUUCUGCCAAACACAAGUUGAGGAGACUGGCAGUUAAAAGAAUUCAUCUCGUGUCUCAUGUUUAAAACAGUUCAUGUGAAUAAAUGCCUACAUAUCUUAAUAUUCAGUUGUGUCAGCAGAAAACAAAACUGAUGGGAACCAGUUUUAUGUUGAAGAAUUUCUCUGUUAACACCAUUUGCAAGGGCUGGAAGUGACUGAUGAAUGUGGAAACCAAUAAUGCUUUCCUAUGUGACCAGUGAAUAGAUUAGUAUCGUAUAAACUGAAUGGUGAAUAUAACACGGAAAAUCUGUCGAUGUGAACUAGCAGCAUGUGUUUUUAUAAAAUCAAUGUUCUGGGAUGUAAAGACUUGUGAAGUGUACGGAAUCAGUAUGGACUAUGAUUCACGAUUGCCUGUAGAAUAAAUUAGAGAUCACAUUGUGCAAUGAUGUAGACCAAUCUGAAAAUACCAUUUUCACAUCAUAAAUAUUUUUAUAUAGCGGAAAAACGGUAAUUGGUUCCAAGAAGAAAAGUGAACAUGGUACAUACAUAUUUCUGUAAUUAUUCAUCAUUCUCUUGUUUGUACAUCGGUGUUGACAUUUAUAGAUGUUAUUUAUUCCAGAGCUUUUAUUUUAUCUUCAUGCCUUUCAUACUUCCAGCAUUUAAAAAAUGCAUUGGUUUCACAGUAUAAUGUUUCCCAUAAACAUUUCAUUCAUUUAAUAGUCACAGUUUCAUAGCUGUUCUAAUGUCAAGAUCAAAUGUUUGAGAAUGUUACCUGUAGGCCUAAUUACUUUGGAUUUUGGAGUCGAUGCAGGAAUGUUUUAGGAAAAGGGUACCGGUACAGCAUAUGUAAAAGACAAAGGUCUACACAGUUGAGAGAAGGAGUGAAUCAUUUUUAAAAAGCAAUUAUACUAUUAAAAAGGCACCACAGUGCAUUUAUAUUGAUGUAUGGCAGUCUUCCCAAGACACCCCAAGUGGUCUUGACCAAGAUAUUACAGGUCCACAACUGAAAACUAAUUUAUUUUAUGCAUUUGUUAAUUACUUGAUUUUUCAGGGCACUUUUAAAUUCAGUGGGGGUGAGUAAAACAAACCCAUUACCUCCCCCUGGGAUCCGUAUCCUGCGCUUUAUGAAAACAGGUUACCAGAAUUUGUAAAGAAUUUUUUAUACUUUUUUUUAAAGUCUGAAAUAUGGUGUUUCAUUAUUUUAAACUAAACUUUGUAGCCGUUGAAGUUUAUGAAUUGCCAAACUGAGAUGUACAAGCAAGAUAUUGGUGGUUUCUAUUGUUUUUCUACUAUCUGUUGGCAACGUAUGCUAAAAGUCUGUAGUUACUGAACAUUUGCUAUAUUACCUAUCAAACUGGUUAUCACCAUAACCAUCUGCUACUGGAUGUUUAGUAUAUUACAUAUCAAACUGGUUAUCAUCAUAACCAUCUGCUACUGGAUGUUUAGUAUAUUACAUAUCAAACUGGUUAUCACCAUAACUGUCUGCUAUGGAUGUUUAGUAUAUUACAUAUCAAACUGGUUAUCACCAUAACCAUCUGCUACUGGAUGUUUAGUAUAUUACAUAUCAAACUAGUUAUCACCAUAACCGUCUUCUAACUUGUUUGUAUACACUUUUGUGUAGACAUUUCGAAUUAUUUCAUGAUCCAGUCAAUUCUCCAUCAUCGAUUAAUUUAAGGAUGUGGGAAGUGCUGUGUGGUCUCUUAAAAAGUGGAUAUAACCUUUUUUAGGAGGAGAGAGGCAGAAUGGAGGAAAUGUGGCAUGUUAAGAAGACAUUUUGAAGCCUCGAUAGCUUAUAGCAUGAUUUUACAUUUGGAGUCGUGGUCAUCUAUCAUUACUUAAAAAAAACUAAAAUUUGCAAAAAUGUAUUGGCCUAUGGCCUGGAAGAUUUCUAGGAGAGACAGAUUUUUACCACCACUCCCAUGCACUAGCUACAGUCGUGGUGCGAGUUAUAUUUUUGAGAUUUAAAUACCACUUUAUUCCUGAGGGGGGGGGGGGGGGGGGGGGGGUCUUCUUGUUUUUUUGGUCAUUUAGGUUAUUUUUCUGCGGUUUUUAUUUGAAAAAAAAAAAAUGCAUGUAAUAUUGCAGAUGCAGUCAAAUGUGGAUAUUUUGCACAUGUUGCCAACAAUGAAAGGAUGUUUGAAUAAUAAUGGAUACUAAUUAGGUUUCAAAUUAACUUAGUAACGUCAGCCUCAUGGUUUAGAUGGUUUAUAUUUUAAGUUAACUUAAGCUCAUUGAUUAUUCUUGUAUCAUGACACAAUGAAAGGCAUUAUAUGUGAUUUUUUAUUCCAUUUGUUUUAUAAUUUUGUAAUAUAAAAAAUACUUUUUGUAUAGUCCAAUACUAUAUCUUUCUUCUCAUCAGUGGCUCUCAAAUUUGUUUUGAUCUUUUUAUUAUUGUUUGUUUUUGUUUUAAUGUAGACAUGUAUGACUGUUAACAUUCUGCAAGUAAUAUGUAUAUACAUUUGUGUGCAUUCGUGUGUGUGUCUGUGUGUAUGGAUGUACAUUUUAAGCAAUAUAAUAUUGGAGGCCAUGUUUGUUGUUUUGAAUAUGUAAAUGAAGUACUCCUUAAUUUGAUAGGGAAUAGAAUUCUUAUUAUUAUUAUUAAUAUUAGGUAGGCAUAUGUACAUGCUCACAAAAUUUUAUAACUCUUGACUCAAAGCUGAACUUUUAGUCUGAAGUUAAAACUCAUUUAAUAAAGGUUUAUAAACUUAACAGAUGGGUUAAUAAAGAAAAAGAAAAAUGUUAUAAAAAAAACUAAACAUAUGUGGGUUUUUUAUAUAUUAGUUGCUACAGUUACAUUUUUUUAAUACCAUGAUUAAUUGUGCAAGACUUGAACAAAUUUAGGAAUACCUUGAGAGAAAAUUUUAUUCAUAAGUUGAGGUUAAAAUUCAUCGAUAAAUAAUUGUUGAAUUUCUACAGAUCAGUACAUCUUAACCAACUCUGAAUUGUAACCCGUGCCUAUGGUGGUUUGUACAUCAACCAUGUGGGGAAAACAAAGUUGUAUUUUGUAGAUGGAUAUAUUUUUUUAACUUUUCAAGCUUGAUGAUAAUCUGUGCUUUAUAUUUAUCACUUUUAGGAUAUCUAUUGCUUUUUUAAAUUGAUCAUUUUUGUAUGUUUAUCUUCCUGAGAAAAAGAUUAGGUCUAUAUUGUAAUGCUUUUAGCUCAAGCUGAUUGUAAUCAGAUUGCCUCAUCUUAUAUAGUUGUCACGCACCCAUUGUUAAGAAUUUAUAGUUUUAAAUGAUUCCUGCUAAGGACACCAAACAAAAACCCUUUUAGUUGUCGUCCCUGAUCUGAUAAAGGGAAGUAGAUUGUGAGAUAUUAAGGAACACAAUGUUUGGUUCUCUUUGUCUUGGUACAUGGUACAUACAGGAAGAUGAAGAUUGAGAACAUUUUUAAUGAUAGAUUAAAGUAACAGACCAUAGUUUUUAAACACUAUGACAUUUUUAACUAUUAUAGCUGUUUUGGAUAAUUUAAAUUAGAAGUACUUAAAUUUUAUUGUUCAGAAUAUUAAUUUUAGUACACCUGCAGUGGUUCUGGUCAUUCAGGCUUUUGCAAUAACCCAACAUGCAUUUUUUCAAAAUUCCAAAAACACACGUUCGUUUGAGAAAUAAUGGUUAUCAAGAUAAGCUCUAGUUGUUUUCAGAUGGUAUUAUCCUGUUUGAACAUCACAGACUUUAGCUUCUCUCUGUUAUAACCUUAAAACAUGUUGUCGAUUAACUAAGCUUAGUGACCAUUUUCACUGGCUGAAACUAGGGUCUGCACCUUUAAGAAAGGUGGUUUGGUGUCAUAUUUUGACACAUUUAAACAUACAAAAAAAAACCCACCUAAAUUUUUUAAAAAUAAUUUUGACACUUUUGUUUAUAACUUUACUAAUGAAUUUAGGACAAUAAAAUAUCCAAAGUUCUGUUAAGUAAUAAUUCAAACAUGUUUUGGAUCAUAUUAUUUGUUUCAAAACCGUAAGAGUAACCAUGUGCUAAUCAUUUGAAAUACCCUUUAAAUAAAUUCAUAAAAAAAAGUUUUACAAUCAUACUAAUUUUGCAACUUUCCUAAGACUGAAUGAAUAUUUAUUAGGAUCACACAUGUACAUGGUCUGUUAAGCUUGUCAAGAUGAAAUGAUCUCAAAUGUACAACAUUGUUUAUUACUCCCAACUUCACAACUGAUUAACAUUACUAAACUGGUUUAAUAGUAACAUUGACUGUUGACUAAUAUCUGCUUAUGAUACCAGUAUUUACUUCUUUCAUAUUAAAAUUCCUUUGUGCUAGUCACCAAGAGAAGCUUAUGACAGAUUUGUAGUAGGAGUACCGUUCUUUUCACUGGCUAGACCAGUUGUCUCAAUUAUGGUACUGAAAUUAUUUGUAAAAAAAAAAAAAAAAUUUUUUUUUUUUUUUUAAAUUUCAGUUUAUCAAAGUAUGUUUCAUUGUUUUAGCUAAUGUGAUUAUAACUCUGGAUUUGAGUUUUAACAAAAUUAAGUUUGAGCUGUGAGUAAAAAGAUUUAUCAGUCUACUCCCUUGAUAUACAAUGUACAUGUAUUGGCAUAAUUUUAUCCUGUUUUCGUAGAUUUUAAAAUAAAUGUUUACACAAAUAUCUCUUUAUUUUGCUGUUAUUGGUUCACUGUUAUUUAUAACAAUAUCUUUAUGAAAAUGGCUCUCAUAAGCUGUAGGUCUAUUUGAAAAUAUGUUGCCAAAUACUAACUGAAUAAUGUGUUCCAGCUAAUAAUAUAGAGGUGCAUAUAAUUCUUGUUCUCAUUUGUGAAAUGUCUCAACAUGUAGAAAAUCAAUAUAGAAAUGUGUCUCAGAGGUUCGUAUAGACUGGUCAACACUCCCCAUCUCCUUGUUCUUCAAAACCAGUGGCAACAAAAAGUCUGAAGAAAUCACACGCACUUGUUGCAAAUAAUUUGCCAUCCUUUUUCAUCAGGCAUAGCGUGCAUACCAAUUUAAUAAUACAUGUAUACAAGCACAGGUUAAAAACAUAAUGAGUGGUUUAUUCAAUAAAAAUGCUUGUGGAAGAAAAGUUAUUGUUGUGCGGUUGCCCAAGUUUGAUUUGGAUCUACAUUAUUUUCUAUAUUCUUAGGCCUAAAAAAAAAUGUGUUUCAGGUUUCAUCAUUGAAAAAAAAUAGGGUAGGUAGGUAGGAUUUAAAACAAAGUAUAGAAUCCAACCAAGAAACCGUAAUCAGCCAAGUUCUUCCAAAUCUAGUUUGCUGAUAGAUUGCAAAAAAUCAGGGAUUGUGAUUUAAAAAAAUAAAGGAAUAAAUUUCAGGGUCGCUACAUAAAAUUAGUGUAGGUCAGGAAACCGGAAAUACACAUAUAUUUUUAUUAGGCCUUAUGUUAAAGUGGCAGUCCUAGUUUUUAAACAUUAUGGCAUAUUUUUCACUGAUAGAGCCUGUUUUAUCAUUGAAGUCAGAUUUUACUUAUAUUUUAUUGUUUAGAUUAUCAAUUUCCAUUAAUCCGAAGUGUCUAUGGUUAUCCUGGUAUUUGUAAUGCCACGAAAUGCAUUUUUCACGGUUUAAAAAUGCAUGUACUUCUAAGAAGUAACUGUUUGGGAGAUGAGCUUUGGUCUAUUUUUAGAGGGUACUUUCCCCCGUUUCAGAGUCUGAGACUUGUUUUUCUGUGUUGUAACUUUAUCCAGAUUGUUUCAGGUUUCUAGAUUGACCAAACUUAUUGUCUAUUUUCACAGGUUCAAACAUGCGUCUAUGACUUUAUUUAGCAAACUGGUAACUAACAGUAUAGAAUCAUUCAUCUGUCAAAAUGUGGUGAUAAAUAUUUUUUGAAGAAAAGAUGACAUGGUGAAUUUAUUGUUUAUGGCACAGCUUAGGCAUUUUAUUCUGUGUAAAUCUCUUCUUACUCAGGUUUUAGAUUAAACUUAUUUUAUAUUUAAAUCGGUAAAACGUUUUAUAUUGUCUUUUAAUAUUGUUACAUUUUCUAUGAAUUUCUCCUGUUUUGACAGUUUGACAGAAUUGACUCAACUUUACAUUUAUUUUUGUAUCAUUUCACAACAAGUUCAACUGUAUAUUUAUUAUAACAGAUUUAUGGGCUACUAGAAUAUGUUACUACUGCUGGUGUGAAGUUCAUGUGUAGGAAAAUGGUACCUAGAAAGCUAGAAUAUAGGUUAAUUUUUUAUACUUUUUUUUUUUUUUUUUUAGAAUUUCAUAUGCAUUAUGAAAAAUAUAUAUGUACUGUAUUAAAUUGAAUAUUACUGUUGUUGGAGAAUUUUGUAACAAAUAUGGAGCUAGUUUUGUUUAAACAUAAACAUGCAAAAAGCAAUUUAAUUUGCUGUGAAUCUCAUUUGGAGAAUAGUAUCUUUCAGUGUCUGGCUUCAGCCAUAACUGGUUAUUUUGAAAAAAAUGCACCGUUUGAAAAAUAAAAUGAAAAAUACUUUAAAAUGAUUAAUUAUAUUAAAUUUAGUUUUAUACAAUAUACAGUUUGUUUACUUCAAGACCAAUUGUUUUCAUCAGAAUAUUUAUUUACAUGGGAAAGUGCAUCUACAUGACGUAUAUAUUUUUUAACAGAAAAAAAACCUAUAAUGGUUAAACAAUCUUUAAAAUUUCAUUGAAAUAAUAAUAUACAUUGGUAAUCGACUUGUACCAUUAUUUAGCCAUUACUUACCAGUCUCUAAGGUGUUAUGUUGUUUUGAGACAGAGAUACGACUUUCAAUAUAAAUAUUUAAUCUACAUUUAGAUAACCCUAAUCCACUCACUGGAUUCAAAAUAGGUGUUUAACUGAACUUUUUAAAGAUGUUUAUGCUCAAGAAAAAAAUUUGAAUCUAUUUGGAAGUUUGAUGUUAGUGUUAGACUUUCAUAUAAACAGUCUUGUUAGUUGUUUAAUGUUACUAGUAACUAGCCAGUUGAGAAUUGGCCCUGACAAGUAGUUUCAUCACCUGGUGAUUAUUGGAGCCUUGUUGCUAGGUUGUGUGUGUGUAUAUAUAUAUAUUAAUCAUAAACAUAUAUUUGCUUGUCCCAGUUCUGUACAGAUGAGCGUACCAUGAGCAUUGACUUGUGCAGAUUUGUAACAUAUCAUAAUGAAUAAAAUAAUUUUUUUCACUA